UCCGUCUAUUUCCGAGAAUGGCGCAGGAGAAGUUGUGACAACUGUCCUGUGGUGUAAACAACAGCAGUUUAUCAAUUGGGCGCAUAUUUGACCCGAAGAUUGGAUUCAUUGGACAAUAUAACCACAUUACGAUUCAGAUCAUCAUGCCUUCCGCCUGCGACCCCGUGAUUGAAGAUAUUGAGGACAUGGUGUCUUCCACGGACCCCACCCCCCAUGAAAGACAGUCUGCGAGAAAGAACAUCAUACCAAGGCCCAAGAAGAAGAAAGAGCUUCUAAACGACGAAGAGCUCCAAGCUGACAGUGUAAUUCCUGGCAUGCAGAAAAUCUGGAUGAAAACUUGGGGCUGCAGUCACAACAAUUCAGACGGAGAAUACAUGGCGGGACAGCUAGCUGCCAGCGGCUACAAGAUGACUGAUCAUCAUGCCUUCCGCCUGCGACCCCGUGAUUGAAGAUAUUGAGGACAUGGUGUCUUCCACGGACCCCACCCCCCAUGAAAGACAGUCUGCGAGAAAGAACAUCAUACCAAGGCCCAAGAAGAAGAAAGAGCUUCUAAACGACGAAGAGCUCCAAGCUGACAGUGUAAUUCCUGGCAUGCAGAAAAUCUGGAUGAAAACUUGGGGCUGCAGUCACAACAAUUCAGACGGAGAAUACAUGGCGGGACAGCUAGCUGCCAGCGGCUACAAGAUGACUGAUGACCCAGCAGAAGCAGAUCUUUGGCUGCUCAACAGCUGCACAGUGAAAAACCCCGCAGAGGACCACUUCAGGAACUCAAUCAAGAAAGCUCAAGAACAGGACAAAAAAGUGGUUGUUGCUGGUUGUGUUCCCCAAGCUCAGCCUCGAAUGGAUUACCUCAAAAGUCUCAGCAUCAUUGGGGUCCAACAGAUUGAUCGAGUGGUGGAAGUAGUGGACGAGGCAGUUAAAGGUCAUUCGGUUCGUCUGCUGGGUCAGAAGAAAGAAGGAGGCCGCAGACUUGGAGGAGCCCGACUGGACCUGCCUAAGAUCAGGAAAAACCCGCUCAUUGAAAUCAUCUCCAUUAACACGGGGUGUCUGAACGCGUGCACAUACUGCAAGACUAAACAUGCUCGAGGAGAUCUGGCCAGCUAUCCCAUAGAGGAGCUUGUGAAGAGAGUGAGGCAGUCUUUUCAAGAGGGCGUGUGUGAGAUCUGGUUGACCAGUGAAGACACGGGAGCUUAUGGCAGAGACAUCGGAACAGAUCUGCCCACGUUACUAUGGAGAUUGGUGGAGCAGAUUCCGGAUGGAGCAAUGCUGAGGCUGGGAAUGACCAAUCCACCUUACAUCCUGGAACAUCUAGGGGAGAUGGCAAAGAUUUUAAAUCAUCCGCGAGUGUACGCCUUCCUCCAUGUCCCCGUGCAGUCGGCAUCCGACAGUGUCCUAAUGGAUAUGAAGAGGGAAUACUGCAUAGACGACUUCAAAAGAGUUGUGGACUUCCUCAAAGAAAGAGUACCUGGCGUAACGAUUGCCACAGAUAUAAUCUGUGGUUUUCCUGGUGAGACGGAGGAGGACUUCCAAGAAACACUAGAGUUGGUGAAACUCUAUCGAUUCCCGAGCCUCUUCAUCAAUCAGUUCUAUCCCAGACCUGGAACACCUGCUGCAAAGAUGGAGCAGGUGCCGGCACAAGUGAAGAAGCAAAGGACUAGAGAGCUCUCUCAGCUUUUCCACUCCUAUAACCCAUAUGACCACAAGGUCGGAGAGAUGCAGCAUGUACUGGUGACAGAGGAGUCCUUCGAUGCUCAGUACUACGUCGCGCACAACAAGUUCUAUGAGCAGGUGCUGGUACCGAAGAAAGUUGAAUUCAAAGGAAAGAUGAUCGAGGUGGAGAUUUAUGAAGCAGGAAAACAUUUCAUGAAAGGCCGACCAGUUGAAGACAGUAAGCCGUUCAACCCCUCCAUUGCUGCACCCCUCCAGCAAGGAGAAGUGUCCGGUCUGAUACAGGAGCAGUCGGUCCGUGGAACCAGCGGUUCAUCCUCCAUCCUGAUUGGCUGUUUCAGCGUGGAUAGAGAAGCACUGAAGAAGCUGGGGAUCGGGCUUGCUGUAGCUGCUGCUCUUUUAGCCUUCAUCAUUGACAAGUUGUACUGAGUUCUUCCUCUAAUGUAGCGUUAACUUUGGGACAGAAGACGUUUGUAUCUUUACAGAGAAAUAAUGAUGUUUUAAUUCAAUUGUAGAUAUCAUUUUUAGGUUUUUCCUCAAAAUCUGCAACAAACUGAUGGAUUUUCUCUGAAAGCUACAUUCUUUGUUUUGAAAUGUCUUUAUUUUAUUUUUUUACAUCUUCGGAACAGUUCACAAAGAAGCUAAACAAAACUCAACAUCGGGGGGUUUUGAAGGUUGAAACUGCUGUGCAGCUAAAGAAUGCAUCCGUAUUUUAUUUGAUUACAUGUCCUUUCUCUCUCAAAGCCCUCAGUUUUGAGAAGGACACAGUCCGAAUAUUUUUGAGAGUUUCUAUCAUCUGUGUUGUUUUAUUGUGUUUAACUGCCGUCUAAAAAGUGUUUUGUGUGAUGCAAUAAAGAUUGAAAAAAUCCA